AUGACGCCAAAGUCCUCUAGAGGGACAGCAACCACAUCCACUUCCUACGAUGGCCGUGGCGCUCAAAAAGCAGACGCGACUAGAAGUUCAGGAUCGGACAGGCAACUUAACAACCACGACAGACUUGCCAGUGAGGACAGUACAACUGGCAACACUGUGCAGCAAGCUGAGACAGAUACUGGACGCAAACUCAGCAUCAAGGACGCUACUAACGCAUCCUUGGAGAAAUCGUUGACACCCUCUAAUACCAGCUCUCCCAAACUCGGAGUUAAAAUGCUGGGCACUCACAUUUCUAAAACGGCCAGUAAUGUAGCCGUUGUGCAGCCUCGUUCUGGGGAGAAAAUGGAGACCACUUUUGAUGCAGAGGUUCGAACUGAAACAGUUCACAAGCACAGUCCGGAUUUGGACAUGUCUAAGACAGCGCUGGGCAAGGAGACCACGUUUCUGACCCCAGACAAGGAUGAGAAGACCACCUUUAUGGAUGACGCUGGCGAAACCAUGGAUAUAAAACCCAUGCCACCCAUCAUGAGAGCUUUGCCUUAUGGAUAUUUCCGUGGAUACUCAGGAUACGGUGGAUUCAGCAACCGGAACUUCCACAUCCCAGGUAA